AUACCUGUCGUGAUGCACAAGGAGGAGAAAAUGUACGUUCCGACCAUGAUCUUUGGCCAUCUCUUAACCUCGUCCAACUUCAACGACGAAGAGGAGAAGGUUACCGGCGGUAGAAACGGGUACGGCGCGAAGCUGUGCAACGUCUUCAGUACAAAGUUUACAGUGGAGACCUCAAGCAAAGAGUACAAACAGCAUUUUAAACAGUCGUGGAGCGCGAACAUGUCGAAGGCGUCCGAACCCAAGACCAAGGACUACUCCGGGGAGGAGUUUACGAAGAUUACUUUUUCUCCGGACUUGAAAAAGUUUAAAAUGGAAAAUUUAGACGACGAUAUCGUCGGACUCUUUUCUAGACGCGCAUUCGAUGUGGCCGCCUCCACUCGCGGUGUCAAGGUGUUUUUAAACGGCAAAAAGCUACCGGUGAAAAAUUUUAAAGAAUACGUAGACCUGUACAUAAAGAAUAACGACGAUGACGGGAACGACGCCCAUAAGUUGAUAUACGAAAGUCCGAAUGAACGAUGGGAGGUGGCCGUUACGACGUCCGACUACGGAUUUCGACAGGUUUCGUUCGUGAACAGCAUCGCCACGAGUAAAGGUGGCAAGCACGUCGAUCACGUCGUCGACAUGAUCACAAAGCACGUCGGCGAGCUUCUAAAGAAGAAAAAUAAGGGCGGAGUCGCCAUUAAGCCGGGUCAAAUUAAGAAUCACAUGUGGAUUUUUAUUAACUGUCUUAUCGUCAAUCCAUCCUUCGACUCGCAAUCGAAGGAAACAAUGACGUUGCAAGUGAAGAAUUUCGGUUCGAAGUGCAAUUUGAGCGAGAAGUUUUUUAAUGCUGUCGCAAAGGGCGGCAUCAUCGAAACGAUUCUUAUGUGGGCAAAGAGCAAGGAGCAAGAUCAACUCUCGAAAACCAGCGGUAAGAAACAGACGAAAUUGAAGGACAUUCCGAAAUUGGACGAUGCCAACAAGGCGGGCGGGCCAAUGGGUCAUAGGUGUACGCUAAUCUUAACGGAGGGAGAUUCCGCCAAAUCGUCUGUCGUAUCCGGAUUGGGUAUAAUCGGCCGCGAUUAUUACGGCGUAUUUCCGCUUAAGGGAAAAUUGUUGAACGUCCGCGAGGCGACGCACAAGCAGCGAAUGGAGAAUGCCGAAAUAAAUUAUCUCGUCAGGAUCUUGGGCUUGAAUUUUAAGAAGAAGUACGAGGACGACAGCGAGAUGAAUACUUUGCGGUACGGGAAGGUUAUGCUCAUGACCGAUCAGGAUCAGGACGGUUCUCACAUCAAAGGUUUACUGAUUAACUUCAUACAUAGCAAUUGGCCAGCUCUAAUACGUCGCAAUUACUUGGAGGAGUUUAUAACGCCCAUCGUUAAGGCGUCCAAACGUAACGAGGUUCAUAGUUUUUAUUCCAUACCGGAGUUUGACGAAUGGAAGAGUGCGACGCCGAAUCAUAACACGUACACGAUCAAAUACUACAAAGGUUUGGGUACGUCCGGCUCCAAUGAAAUGAGAGAAUACUUCUCAAAUAUGGCGCGUCAUCGCAUUCGGUUCCGCUAUAGUGGUCAGCAGGAUGACGAUCACAUUGUGCUAGCUUUCAGUAAGAAGCACAUAGAGCAUCGUAAAGAGUGGCUUACAAACUUCAUGGUGGAGACAAAACGUCGCAAAGAGAUCGGUUUACCCGAAAAGUACUUGUAUACAAAAGACACCCGGGUCGUCUCUUACUCCGAUUUUAUUAACUUUGAACUGGUACUCUUUUCGAAUGCCGAUAAUGUGCGCUCCAUACCGUGUUUGGUAGAUGGCGUUAAACCGGGUCAGCGGAAGGUGUUGUUCACUUGUUUCAAACGGAACGACAAGCGCGAAGUCAAGGUCGCUCAGCUUUCCGGUUUUGUCGCCGCGAUGUCGGCGUAUCACCACGGCGAAGUCUCCCUAUGCACAACCAUCGUAAAUUUGGCGCAGAAUUUCGUCGGCAGCAACAACGUAAAUUUAUUGGAACCGAUCGGCCAGUUCGGCACUCGCCUGUGCGGCGGAAAAGAUUCGGCGAGCGCCAGGUACAUCUUCACGAAAAUGUCCCCGCUCGCCCGUCUCAUUUUUCAUCCCGACGACGACCCCCUCCUCAAGCACGAAUACGACGAUAACAAAAAGAUCGAACCGGUAUGGUACAUUCCCAUUCUACCGAUGAUCCUCGUUAACGGCGCGGACGGCAUCGGAACCGGCUGGAUGACGAAAAUUCCCAAUUACAACCCGCGCGAGAUCGUGCAGAACCUCCGGAACAUGCUCGACGGCGAGGAACCCGUCCCCAUGAUCCCGUGGUAUAAGAAUUUCACAGGCACCAUCGAAGAUUGCGGCGACCAGCGGUACGUGACGAGCGGAGAGGUCUCCGUUACUGGGCCCAACACGAUCGAAAUAACCGAACUACCGAUCGGCACGUGGACCCAAAAUUAUAAGGAGCACGUUCUCGAACCUUUACUGAACGGCUCCGAAAAAACGCCGAAGAUCCUCGAGAACUACAAAGAGUACAACACCGACACCACCGUCAAGUUCGUCGUCAUCCUUCUGCCGGGACAAUUGCAAGCUUUGGAACAGCAGGGCUUGCAUAAAGUUUUUAAGUUGCAAUCGCUCAUGCAUACGACGUCCAUGUGCGUAUUCGACGAGCUGGGCUGCUUAAGAAAAUUUAACUCCGUUAUGGAUAUCUUGCAAGAGUUCUAUACAUUACGAUUAAAAAUGUACAAAAAACGAAAAGAAUAUCUCGAGGGUCUGCUGGAAGCGGAAGCGUCGAAACUAAGCAACCAGGCCCGCUUCAUAAUGGAAAAGUGCAGUCGCGAACUCGUGGUUGAGAACAAAAAACGUAAAACCAUCAUAGACGAGCUGAUCAAGCGACAGUACGCGCCGGAUCCGACAUUUGAAUGGAAGCGACGUAUGCAGCUGGCAGAGGACGAGGAGGAGGAGGAGGAGGCCGCAAACGAAACGGGCGAAUUAACUGGAGAGGAUUUUGAGAGGGCGUUCAAUAAAUCAUCCGACGUAAAGAAGUACGGCUACUUGUUGGGCAUGUCCAUGUGGAUGCUGACGGAGGAGCGAAAAAAUGAACUCCUGCGGCAACGCGACGUCAAACUCCAAGAGUUGGAGGCGAUGCGCCUUCUGACGCCCGAAGACAUCUGGCGUAAAGAUCUGAACACGUUUUCGGAAAAAUUAACGCAAGUGGAGCAGAAGGAGAAGGCCGACGAAUUGGGGGCGGUCCAAAAGAAGGACAACAAAAAGGGACCGAAGCUGAAGAAGGAAGUUAACUUGCAAGAAACGAUGCCCUCCCCGUCCGGGCGUCGAAUCGUCCCCGCCGUUAGCGAAGAUUUGAAGAAGCGGAUUCAAUACGCGGUCAAGUUGAAGGAGAACAAGGGAAAGAGGGGCGUUAAGAAAGAGAUCUUGACGGAGGAUGACAAGGAUGAAUUUGAUGCUAUGGUCGAUAAUAAGAAGACCUUGAAGGAUAAAAUUGGAACGCCCGAAGAAGCGGAGAAGAAGGCGAAAGGAAAGAAGCAGCAAAAGGAUGGCUUUAAGCAAACCAAGCUGAAUUUCAAGGUGAAGAGUGAAGAGAAAGUUAACGGUUCUCCCAAAAAGCGAGGUAAGAAAAAGCAAUUUUCGGACGCCGAGAGUGACGACAUCAGUGUAGACGGUUCCGACGUGGAAUUUAGGGCCACCGUCAGAGAAAGAACCACGAGCCGUCGCAACGUCCAACCGAUAAAGUAUCAGUUGGAUUCGUCGGCGAGUGACGAGGACGUAGAACUGAAGAACAACAGAGGAAUAAAAGAUUCAGACUUCCAAACGUCGAUGGUCGCAACUUCAGACAGCGAAAACGAGGUUGCGCCUCGAAAAAGCGAAAAUUCCGACGACCUCUUCGAUUCGCUCAUCGGUAAAAAAGACGAAUCCUCACAUCGAGAAUCGGACGAACCGGUAGGGCCCAACGUCCAAAAACGCGUCGUGCUGUCGUCCGACUCCGAGAGAGACGCCGACGAAGAUUCGCCGCUCAAGGAAGCUCCACUCCCGCCGAAAAACAAGCGCAUCGCGUCAUCCUCCGACUCCGAUAAGGAAUGUGUGAUAAGCGGCAGCGAAUCCGACAGCAAGAAAAAAAAUAAACCGCAAAAGAAAAAGGCGAAAACUAUCGAUCCAACGAAAAAGAAGCCAACAAAACCAAGAGCGAAACCUAAGAAAAAGGCGAGCGUGUCCGACGACGACUUUGGUGCUGCCCCAAAGAAAAAGAAGCUCGCCAAAAAGAAGAAGGCCAACAGCUCCGACGAAUCCGACUUUGAGUUUAACAAAAAUGAUCUCUCCGACAGUGAUAUCGAGGCAAUUCCAGUGACGAAAGCUCCCCCCGCACGCAGUGGCCGCGCAGUUAAACAAAUUAAAUAUAAUUUCGAUUCGGACGAAUCUAAUUAAUUGUACGAAAAGAUUAUCGUUUUGUCUGAAAUUUGUUUAGGAUAAGGAUUAUUUAUUUAUUCCUAAGAUACUCCUAGAUAAUUUUUAUUCUGUGGUUACGAUAGCGUUAUGCUUUUUUAAGAAAUGAAAUAUAAUUUGUGUUAGUUUUUUUAAAA